AUGUCGAACGGACUUCCUACCGUCCUCGCCGUCGGCACGGGCGAAUACACCACCGGCUUCGUGGGCAACUCGGAGUCUCCUUCCGACAAGAAGCUCGGCGUGGUGGGUCUAGUCAUGUUCGAUCUGCGUCGUCGCGGUCUCAUCGCCCCCGAGAUCAAGAUGGUGGGAACCAACGGUGAUAAGUUCCCCGGCAUUCGAAAUCACUUUGCGAAAAACAUCGAGAGCAAGUACCGCGAUAUGUCGACCGAGUUCACCUCGUAUCCUGCUGCGGGCGUUCGCGAUGGGGAUGCGUACAAGACCGCCAUCGAUUCGCUGAAGGCAGGGGAUGCCAUUACGAUCUUUACGCCGGACUCGACGCACUUUGACAUUGCGCUGUAUGCGAUCCGACGAAAGGUGCAUGUGCUGGUGACCAAGCCGGCGACGCAAACGUUGAAGGACCACCAGGAACUCGUCAAGGCGGCACGGGAGGAGGGCGUGCUGUGCAUGGUCGAACACCAUAAGCGGUUCGAUCCGGCGUAUGCGGAUGCGAGAGAGCGCGCAAGGGCGGAACUGGGCGAUAUGAACUACUUCUACUCGUACAUGUCGCAGCCCAAGAACCAGCUCGAGACGUUCAAAGCCUGGGCGGGGCGCGAUAGCGACAUCUCGUACUACCUCAACUCGCAUCACAUCGACGUAUGCCUGUGGAUGGUCCAAGGACGGGCGAUUCCUCUUCGUGUCACAGCAAGCGCUUCGCAAGGCAUUGCUGCGAGCAAAGGCUGCGUGCCCGAGACCGAGGACACCAUCACGCUCCUCACCGACUUUGCCAUCCUCGACGACGCCGGAAACGUCCAGGAGGGUAAGAAGGCCACGGCCAUCUUCACCGCCUCCUGGACCGCCCCGCAAGGCGCAGGCGUUCACUCGGAACAGUACUUCCACUACGUUGCGUCCCAGGGCGAGACGCGCAUCAACCAAGCCCGCCGUGGCUACCAAUUUGGCAAGGACGAUCCAUCCCAACAAUCCACAGGUGGUUCUUCGACCGACUUCAACCCGUUCUACAUGCGCUAUACGCCCGACGCAGAGGGGUACUUCGCAGGACAGCAUGGCUACGGCUAUUUGAGCCUGGAGAACUUUGUCAAUGCGUGCUCGCGCAUCAACCGCGGCGAAAGGAAGGUCGAGGAUUUCGACAGGAUUCUGCCGACCAUCAAGGAUACCGUGCUGACAACGGCCAUUCUCGAGGCCGGCAGGAGGAGCUUGGAUACCAAGAAGAGCGUCGAGAUCAAGUUUGACGGCCAGGAGUACUCGCUCGAGUAA